AACACGGAAGGCGAUGAGGUCACGGGCGCUCAUCCCAAAGAGGCAGUCCUGACACGCGCUGUGCCACGACGCGUCGGACGCCAGCAAAUCGAACACGGCGCAUCAGCCCUCCCUCCUUUCUCUCUCCUCUCUCCCCGUCGUCGACCAUGGCGUCGGUACUGGUCCCCGUUCUCUAUGUCGUCCUCGUCUUCGGCGGUCUCUGGGCAUUCAGUUCCUGGUACAGAAAGCGCAAUGCCGCCGAAAUCUACGAAUCCUACUUCCCGCAGCACCGCGAACGCGACCUCUACGUAUCUCUCCUCCAGAAGACGGACCCGCCGACCCCGGAGCCCCUCCUCAAAGCGGCCCUCGUCCGCCGUGCCAUGACGGACGUCACCCGCAUCCUCCGUCUCCGCGAGGACAAGCCCGCCCUCCAGAUCCUCCUCCAGAAAGGCUCAAUUGGCGAUGAUCUCUGGAACAGCCUCCUCAACGCAGAGAAGGAGAUGGAGGCCGAGCUUCUCGAGGUCGCCGCAGAGGCAAACGCGUAUGUCGAAGGCUGGGGCCAGGUCAUCUUCCAGACCGCGUCCGAGAUGAUGGCCAAUGAGCGUAUGCGCGCCCUCUUGGAGCGCAUCCCUGUGAUGAGGACUGAGAAAGAGCGCAAGUAUGGUCGCGUAUCUUCUCGCAGAGUCAUUGAGCCCAUCACGCCCGCCACACCUACCACGCCCGCGUCAGCUGUGCCCGCUCCGGUGUCCGCCAUGCCCAAAUCGCCCGCCACUCCCGCGCCGCCCGAAACCCCAGUAUCCGCCGUAUCCUCCAGCAGCUUGGCUCCGCCGAGUGCGAGCACUGAGAACUUUGCGAGCGACAGCGAAGGCCCCGGCUCCCCCGCAUCGCCUCGCUCCCCGUCCAAAUCCUCGAAAAAGUCAAAGAAGCGAAAGUAGAUAUACAGUCAUUAUUCCUCUCGAUGUUCACAGUAGUCGUAUCGCGAUAGGGUCAAGAGCAUGACGCACUCUCGUCUAUGCGGGUCAUACAGGGUUAAUGAGGCAGUGUACAUGUGAUGAGUAGAAAUACCAAAGCCAAACGGAACGAUGCAAAUCGAUGAGAGAGUAGGAGUGAAGUCCGUUCAGCCUUUGAUGACGAUCGCCUUCUCUCCCGCCCCUGUUCUCGUCCUGCCUGACUUGUCGAUGUGAUCCAAGCCGAGGCAGUCUUCUGGAGCGAACUUGUGCUCGUAGAUCGUGUCAUCUAGGGGAGGCCGUGAAUACGCAAACAGCG